UUGAUGACAUCUUUCAUCAACGCCAUUGACACUCUAGAGCUUAGGGCGUCUGAACAAAUCGACCUCCUUGUAAAAUCACUUGGCCCAGAAUCUACCAAGCAUGCACCUCGCAUCAAAGCUGUAAACAUAACAAACCCAGCUGUGGCAUUAGAGCUAAUCUGGGAGAGGCUAGAAGAAACCUAUGGGUCGCCAGAAGCCAUUGAAAGUGCUCUUUUCACCAAACUUGAUCAAUUUCCUAAAAUAGGGCCCAGAGAUAAUCAAAAACUAAGAGAGCUGAGCGAUCUGUUGCAGGAGAUAAAUGCAGCAAAACAAGAAGGGUACUUGCAUGGACUCUCCUAUCUCGAUACAGCGCGAGGUGUUGCUGCCAUUGUGGAUAAGCUGCCGUAUGGGAUUCAAGACAAGUGGAUGAUGGAAGGCUCACACUACAAACAGCGGCACAGGGUGACCUUCCCUCCAUUCACGUUCUUCUUACAGUUCAUACAGACACAAGCAAAGGCACGCAACGAUCCAAGCUUCAAUCUGUUGUCAACCUGCAACUCUGGAGUUAAAAGGGACAAGCUUGGAGAUGGUUACAGCAAUAACCGCAGGUCAGUUUCAGUGCAUAAAACCAACGUUAUAGCCAUAUCUGAGGAAGGACCAGACAAAUGUUGUCCUGUGUACAACAAACCUCACGCCUUACAACAGUGCAGAAGUUUCAGAGAAAAGCCAAUUCAGGAACGAAAGGCAAUAUUAAAGCAACACAACAUCUGUUUCAAGUGCUGCGCUUCCAACAAACACGUAGCUCGCGACUGUCAAGCAGAAAUCAAAUGCUCUGAAUGUAACAGUGAUAAGCACCCAACAGCUCUGCAUUCAGAUGUUCCUCGCCUUCCCAAAGCUCUUCAGCCCCCUGCAAGUCAUGGCGGGG